AUGGACGCUGACGUUGAAGCUAUGCUUGAUGCUCCCUAUCAAGAAAAGAGGGUAACUCAAUCUCUUUCUCGACACUCUGAGCACAGACACUCUUCACGUUCACAAUCAGGCCACCGCAGCUCACGCCACCGUUCUGACAGCAGUAGGAGAUACCGUCGCUCUUCCCUCAGUAGAGAAAGAAGACACAGACGUUCUCCUUCUCGUGAGUAUAAAAGAAGAAGUAGUAGUAGAAGACACUCUAGAAGCCCUACACGUAGAAGACGUAGUAGAACCCCACCAUCUAUUCACCAUGAUCCUCAUGAUAGGUUUAGAGACGGUAGAAGACGAGGACGUGGUCGAUCACCUUCUCCACCUGUACCUGAAGAAAUUCGAGACAGAAGAACAGUAUUCGUGACCCAGCUGGCUGCUCGUUUGACUCGACGUGAAUUAGAAGACUUCUUUAAUCAAGCCGGUCGUGUUCGUGAAGCCACUAUUAUUACCGACCGAAACUCUCGAAAGUCAAAAGGUUGUGGAUAUGUCGAGUUUUAUGAAGAGGUAUCUGUACAAAACGCUUUAGCAUUAUCAGGACAAAAACUUUUAGGUAUUCCAGUCAUUGUUCAAAUGUCAGAAGCCGAAAAGAACAGACUGGCUAUGCAAGCACAAAGACACGCAAUGGGAUUGUCCCAAGAACCUGCUUAUCAACGAUUAUAUGUAGGCUCACUUCAUUUUAGUUUAACAGAAGAUGAUGUACGUCAAAUCUUUGAACCUUUUGGUCCUCUUGACUUUGUCAAUCUUCAUAAAGGUAAUGAAACGGGUCGUUCCAAGGGUUUUGGCUUUAUUCAAUACAAAAAUGCUGCUGAUGCUAAAAAUGCUCUAGAGAAAAUGAAUGGAUUUGAACUUGCUGGUAGAAAUCUCAAAGUGGGUCUUGUUACUGAAAAGAACACACUUGCAAGUGGUCUUGACUUUAGUCUUGAUGAUGAAGAAACUGAAGGUGUUGCUAUGAAUUCUCUUUCCAGAGCUGAAUUGAUGGCUAAAUUGGCAGCCAGAGAAUCUAAUAAUGACCAUGAUACAUCACCUGUAGCAGCAACCCCUUCUGCUCCACCCAAACCUUUUAUUCCUGCAGCUGCAUCACGCUAUGUCAUGUUAAGUAACAUGUUUAAUCCUGACGAAGAAACGGAUCCUGAUUGGGUAAGCGACCUUGAGGCUGAUAUUAAAUUAGAAUGUGAGCGAUACGGUGAUGUUGAGCAUAUCAAAGUCAAUGCAGAUUCCAUGGGUGAAGUCUUUUUGAAGUUUGAUAGUGUUCGCUCUGCUGAAAAUGCAAUUGGAGCAUUAAAUGGAAGAUGGUUUGGUGGUAGACAAAUCACUGCUUCAUGUAUUUCUGAAGCCAUUUAUAAAGCCAAUGCUCUUUAA